AUGUCCGAUGGUGUAGAUACUCAUAUAUUAAAGUACUACGACAUUCAAAAACGUCUUGGAAAAGGAGCCUAUGGUAUCGUAUGGAAAGCUGUCGACAAACGAAGUAAAGAAGUCGUGGCAUUAAAAAAGAUAUUCGAUGCAUUUCGCAACCAAACUGAUGCUCAAAGAACAUAUCGGGAAAUAGUUUUCUUACGUGAAUUUGGUGAACAUCCAAAUGUGAUACGAUUACACAAUGUUUUACGGGCAGAUAAUGAUCGAGAUAUUUAUCUUGUUUUUGAAUUUAUGGAGGCGGAUCUUCAUAAUGUUAUACGAAAAGGAAAUAUUCUUAAAGAUACACAUAAACGUUACGUUAUGUAUCAAUUAUUAAAAGCAAUGAAAUAUCUUCAUUCAGCAAAUGUUAUUCAUCGUGAUAUGAAGCCAUCCAAUGUUUUAAUUAAUCAACAAUGUCGAGUUAAAAUUUGUGAUUUUGGUCUUGCAAGAUCGUUAAAUCAUGUUUAUGAAGAUCCACAGCAUCCUGCUUUAACAGAAUAUGUUGCAACGCGAUGGUACCGUGCACCGGAAAUUCUUCUUGCAUCAUCAAAAUAUACAAAAGGAGUCGAUAUGUGGUCACUGGGUUGUAUUCUUGGUGAAAUGUUGCUCGGAAAACCAUUAUUUCAAGGAACAUCGACAUUUAAUCAGUUAGAACGUAUUCUUCAACAUAUUCCAAAACCCAGUCUAGCGGAUAUAGAAAGUAUUUCAUCACAAUAUGGACCUAGUGUAUUAGAACGAGCUGUAUCUGGACAAAAAAAAUCACUUGAUAAUUUAAUUCCAACUGCAGCUGAAGAAUCAAUUGAUUUACUUCGUCGUCUUCUUCAAUUCAAUCCAGAUAAAAGAAUAACAGCUGAAGAAGGACUUCAUCAUAGUUUUGUUGUUUCAUUUCAUAAUUCAAAAGAAGAAUUCGUCAAAGGCUAUGAUGUUGUUCCUCAACUAAGUGAUGAUAUUCAAUUAACUGUUGAUGAAUAUCGAAAGAAAUUAUAUGAGUUAAUUCAACUACGUAAAGUAUCAGCUAAACCACCAGCACCGACAUCUUCAAAUUUAAAUUUAAAUUCCAAUAAUAAUAAUAAUAAUGCUACUGACCCUCAACCAUUGAAAUCACGCGAGAAUUCAGCGGAUCCGCCAAAACAACGUUAUGGUGGUGCUAGUGCAUACAUUGACCAAUCGGAAUAUGAUACUUUCAAACAACCGGCAAUUGUAUCAAAGCAAGAUGAACCUACGCGAGGAGCUUAUUCAAAUUAUACACAAACAAAUGCAAAUGAUAACAUUAAUAAUAAUAAUAAUAAUAAUAAUAAAACUCGACCAGUUUAUACUCAAGAUACAACUGAUAAUGAUUAUUCCACUGAACAACAACAACAAUAUGCAAAACCUUCUUCAACAACAUAUCCAGGAUCGAUCGGACGAUCUACUAGCCAUAAUUCUCUACAAUCCACUCAGACACAACCAACAAGAGUAGCAAGCGCAAAACAAAGAAAUCUAUCAACAGGCUCAAAUUUAUAUCAAAAAACCAAUUAUGGAAAUUUAAUGCGUGAAAAAACAUCAGCAGCUAAUCGAGGUUUUCGUUCAGGCUCAGCUCCAACACCACCACCACCUAAACCAACAAAUAAUGGAAGUAGUAAUUAUUAUAUUCGUCGUCCUACUGUUGUUUUUAAUGAUGAACGUGUUGGACCAAGUGAUAAAAGUAGUGGUGCACAAGCAAGAGUCAAUCAGAAAUUUGUAUCAAGUCUCCGACCAAGCUCAGCUGUUGAAAUUCGACCGAAAGCGCGUGUCUAUUCGGGAUCAAAUGUUCAUCAAUUCAAUGCUAAUGCAUCAUCAUCAGCAUUUGGCUCUUAUUCUGGCCAACAGCAACCCGCACCACGUCGUCCUACAUAUGGAAAUUAUUCUAACAUGACAUCGUCGAUGAUUGCACGAGACAAUCUCGGUGGUUAUAGUCAAAAUAUGGGCACAAUAUCACAGAGUGGACUUCGUGUUCUCGAUGGACUUCUUCAUAAUACCACAACUUAA